AUGUUUUCCUUCCUGAAUGAUUUGCGAACGCGUCUUUGGGUCUACAGCAUCGGCUCCACGUUGCUGAUCAGUUUCGCUCCAUUCAUCAUGCUUUCGUUGAUUCCUGUACAGGCAAAUACAGCAGAAAACGAGCCGAUGCUGAAAGUGCUGUUAAGCUUUGGUUCGGGUGGUUUGUUAGGUGAUGCAUUUCUUCAUUUGAUUCCUCACGCACAACCACCAGCAGCAGCAGCAGCUCAUGCACAUUCUCAUACGCAUGAAAGUUUGGGGCAUUCACAUGGUCCCCAUGAUAUGAGUGUUGGAGGCUAUGUCCUUGCUGGUACGCUUGUUCCUUUAUUUUUUCACAUUACUGUUUUCUCUGUAUGA